CUCUUCUGGGAAGGCUGUCCACAAGGUUUAGGAGUGUAUCUAUGGGAAUGUUUGACAGAGAAGCGUGAUUCAUCACUCCAGAGAACACGUCUCCACUGCUUUACACCACUGCCACCAUGGUUGAGUUGCUGUUGUUCCCAGUUGCUUCCACUUUGUUAUAAUGCCACUAACAGUUGACCGAGGAAUAUUUAGUAGCAAGGAAAUUUUACAGAUGGACAUAUUGCAAAGGUGGCAACCUAUCACAGUACCACGCUUGAAUUCACUGAGCUCCUGAGAGCGACCCAUUCUUACACAAAUGUUUGUAGAAGCUGUCUGCAUGCCUAG